AUGGCGUCGACAACUAGAGAACAAGCGACAAAUCUCCCAACUGCUAUCUCGGACGGGGCUCAUCCUGCUAAAUCAGUGUUAAAAGAAGCUGUUGAUGCUGUUCUGAAUUCGUUUGCUAAGCAUACACAUGGAUAUGGUCGAGGUAAGCUUAUCGCAUCAAUGAUCACAAACUACACUGUAUUUAAUAGUAAUCACAUUUCCUUCCGAAACUAGCCUAAUGGUUCGUAUGCGCGUUAUGUUAUGAUAAUCGUAUGAUAACCUUUUUGUUCACUGAAUUCAUGAAUUAAUUUAACCCAUUUUUACAUUUCGUGCAAAUGGAAGCUUAGAAAAACUUCCUGUGGCGCUGAGCCUUUAAGCUCAGGUUACUCCGAGCUAAAUCUAAAUAUAUCAUGGGCAGUGUUUACAGUCGUCAUUCUAGUUUGGAGCAGAAAUUUUAUGGUUACUCGCAAGAGUGGUUUUUCAUUUUACUUUUGUUUUAUUAUUGUGACCUUACAAUUUUGUUUAUUAUAAACAAGACAUUUUGAUUUUAGAGGAAAGUAAUCUGCCUUCUAAUUGCACGUAUACUUCGGUUCCUUGACGAACAUCAUUUUUGUGCGGAAAUUUAUUGAAUAUCUUGGUUAAAAUUCGUGAGAAGCAACAUCGCGCUAGUAUAUUGAUCGCGAGUUAAUAGAAAGCGCCAAUCUUUCGUCGGUUCUUUAAACAUCAAAGGUGCCGCGGCCUCUAUCAACGAUUGAGUCUGGGAGGAACGGAGAUUUCUUUAUCUUGUCAAUGGAAUUUAGACCUUCGUAAGUGAUGUACGCCUGCAUUCAUAAAUAUUGACUCACGGGUUUUUCAUUAUGGAGUCGAAGGGAAACAGCAAUGAUGUUUGUAUUUACUGUCCAUGGCUUUUAGUGAUUAGUUAAGCUUAGCGCAUACAUACACUCUGGUAACUUUAACGACAAUUCGUGUAUGUUUGUAUGAACUCUCAGUAAAGAUUUGGUGACUUUUAUAGUUUUCUAUUUUUCUCUUUUUUUUGUUUUCGUAACCAUGAUGCUAGAACGUUUCAUUUCUAUGAUCUUUUUUCAGUUUAUAUUAAAAGAACUCAUCACCUUGUCAGGGUAUAAUGAACAUAUCAAUUAUAUUUCAAGUGUUCAUUUAAUUGCUGACGAAGUGAGAUGGGUUUUAGGAAGAUUUUAGGUUUUCUUUGUGGAAUAACCAUAAUGUUGUGGCUUAUAUUUGUAUGGGUCACCACAGGGCACUGUAUAUUUUAGGUUUUUUUUAUGUAAUGAUUGAUAGACAGUAAUCAGCUGUCACAUUGCUCAUUUUGCUCUGAAAGACAAUAUUGGAAAAUAUUGGUGCCUUUGGUUUACAUGUUUAGGAAGCAAAUAAAGGAAAUUUGCAGUGACAUCAGUUAUUGCUCCAUUUUACAAUGAUUUCUUUCCAUUCUGACUAAAUCCAUUUACAAAAGUAGACAUCCAUUUUGUCCUUGUUUGGUUACAGUUAAUUUUUUCAUGUCAGCUGGACAUUCCAGUUAAACUGCAGACUUUCCUUUUAACCCUUUCUAAGGGGUUCAAAGAUUACAAGGAAAGCCACCUUGUGAAGGAUCUCUCAAGGAUUCUAAUCAUAAUAUGUUUCUGAGAAACGGAUGUUUUUUUCCUUCUGUGGAAGUGAAGACAUGCACUACCAAAUGCAAAAGCUAGCAUAAUAAUUAUUAUUGUUCUUUCCUUUCUUGUCUUUUGGACCCCCAUCCAAAGGUCAUUGGUAGAUAUAUUUUAAAAUUUUUGUCAGUGCAAUGAGAAAAAGUGCCCUCGUUUCCCCAAACAUUAGCACACACCUCUUUGAACAAACUCACGAAUGAAUGCCUCUUUCCUCACCUGUUUUAAUCCUCACUUGUUGAAAUAGUACAUGGGGGAGGGGAGCAGAUUGUAGGCUGUUUAGAAUUUACAGGAAUUUCCUUUGUAAACAUUCAGAAAUGAAUUCAAAUGUUGCAUUAUCCCUGGGUUAUCUUAACAACCUUCUCCCCCCCCACCUCCCCCAUGUAAUUAUUACUAUUAGAUGAAAGAGACAGGAACACUGAUUGAGAUAUAGCCUCAGGUUAGCAAUAAUAUUAUCAGCCUUUGAACAAAUGGGCUCUGAUGCAUGGAAACAGAUGGAAUCUGUGCAAUUUAUUAGUAGUUUACUCUGUCUCCAUUUUCUUAUAGCUGCGAGUUUGGUAAUGACUAUAUCUUCUCUAUUAAUUUUUGUCUUAUUCUUUCACUGCUUUAAAAGAAAAGCAAAUUUCUGUCCUCCUUUGAAAAAGUGCCCUUUCCCUCCCCCUCCAUUGGUUCAAAUUUAAAUCAAUGCUCAGGAAAUGUGUUGGAUUAUGGCAUGGUAUAAUAAUAUUGGUUAGCACAUUUCUUUAGAAACAUUUCUUUAGUUUGCUGUACAUGUAAGGUUUAUUUCCACUGUCGGAUAACUUUUUACCCCAGGGGCAGGGGUACUCCUGGGAAUUCUUAGUGGGGGUGUGCCGCCGGGUUCUUCAAAUCCUGACCUGAUUUCAGACCAAAAAAAGUAAUUAUCCACACCCGUUUUCAGACCUGGCCUUUAGGCAGAAAUUAUGUUAUCAUUAUAGGGUGCAAACACAAAAAUUAUUCAAAUCUAUUUGGAAUUCACAUAUUUCUCUUUCUUUCUUACUCAUUUGGAAUUGAAGGGAUAAAAAUGUUCAUACACUCCCGUAGUUCCCUCGAAAACCCAACCCGAUUCCAGACCAAAAUGGGCAAAGUGAAGACAAGUUUUCAGACCAAAACUGUGCAAAAACCCUACCCGACGGGGCUGCACAUACCUAUAUAUGUUAUGUAAGGGAGUACCCCCCCUCCCCCGGGCUUUUUUCGUUCAUAUAUGUACAUGUAUAUUUUUAUAGAGGAAGAAUAUAUUUUGCAGUUGAUGUCAUCGAGGCAUUACAAGAGUUUUGGCAAAUGAAGGAAUCUCGUGGCACUCCAAUGAAAGGUGGAUCUGACGUCCUUUACGAACCAGAGGCUUCUGAAAAGCCACCAUACGUUUGCUUUGUCAGUCUUCCCGGAGGAAGUUGUUUUGGAAGUUUUCAACCAUGCCCAACCAAGGCUGAAGCUAAGAGAAGUGCUGCCAAAAUUGCACUUAUGAAUUCAGUUUUUAAUGAACAUCCCUCUAGGUCAGUAAACUAUCUUUUAGCAAGUAGUCCACUCAGAAUAUCACAAGUAUACAGCUCUAAGCACUUUCUUUUUGUGGUUCUCUUAGAUGGAUGAUGGACCAUGUACCUGAAGUGAUUAGUAUUUAGAGUGGAUUUUAAUUCUAGAAUUGUUUUUUUGUUGUUUGAACUGCAUGCAUGAAGUUAGGGGUUAACUAUUAACUGAAAGGUAAUCAUGGAAAUGUUAAUAACACAGGAAGUUAUAAAAUAACUAAAAUAGUAUGCGCAUUCUGAUUGGCCGAUAGGUGUGUUUGCAUGAGAGUAUGUAGACAUGGUCUUGACAUCAAGAUGUUUUGCUUUCGGCGCACAAUAAUCACGGCAAGCAGGAGUUUAAAAAAAGUUUUUGAGAUGAAAACUCCACAAGUUUUCUUUAUUCACUCAUUCCCUCGUCAGCCAGAACUUGGAAAACUAUCUUUACAAACAUGCUGUGUCAAUUUUUUUUCGCUUACGUCAACAUUUUGAGCUCUUCGGUAGCUGUUUUGGAGAGAUUCCUCUCUAUUUGAGAUGUUAAAUAGAAAAAUGAUCAGGAAGAGCAGUUGUAGUUAAGAAUUUAGCAUAACAAGGGUUUAUCUUUUAUCAAUAGAAAAAUUACAGAUGAAUUUGUAGAGUCGGCUGUGAAAGAAGCAGAGUCAACUGAAGCACAAGUUGCUUUAAAAAGAAGGACACUUAACCUGUUGACAGACAGUUCUAAAGAUCCCAGUACAGGCAUUGGAGCAUUUAGAUUUAUGUUGGAGUCAAAUAAGGGAAAAAGCAUGUUAGAAUUCCAAGAUCUCAUGACCAUAUUCCAGCUACUACACUGGAAUGGCAGUUUAAAAGCAAUGAGGGAUAGAAAUUGUUCUCGUCAGGAGGUGUUGGAACAUUAUUCUGAUAGAACUAUUGAUGAUGAAAUGAGAAGUCAGAUGGCAUUAGAUUGGAUAUCACGUGAACAAGAGCAACAGGGUUUAAUAAAGAGGGAACUGGAUAAGGCUUCUAAAGAGUUGGAACAGUGUCGACUCAGUGGACGAGAGCUCAGGUUUCCUAAAGAGAAGCGAGACAUUUUAAUGUUGGCUUGGAGCCAAAUUGGAAAGGUUUAA